AUGACGAAAGGGAAACUAAAGCCAGAAUGGGAGAUCUUCUUCGACACGCUUGCUAAGGUGUUCUCUCCCACUGACAGGAGGAACUUUCACAACAUAUCCAACAUACUGCAAGUAUUUGGAGUAUGUAUUGCUUUUAAUCGUCAAAUUGACUUUGGCACAAUUAUCCUGAAGGAAAUUCUGAGGAAGAUGGGACCACUUGGAAGUCAGAACGUGGAAACUAAUGAUAAAGUUGAAUGCUUUUAUCCACGAUUCCUGAUGCUGCUUUUAAAUGAUAAGAUGACGGAAGCCGACAAGAACUUCUACUUCAAUGCUGAAAGACUCAAUGUCAAACAGACCAGUCUUAAGUUGAUCAACAAACUGGCUAAAGGAAACAAGUACAACGAAGUUCCACUCAUUGUUACUCCAUUUAUGUCGGAAAGGUUCAAUGCUCAAAUUGUUCCUUAUCAGGUUCAAGUGGCUCAACAACAACAACAACAACAACAACAACAACAACAACAACAACAACAACAACAACAACAACAACAACAACAACAACAACAACAACAACAACAACAACAACAACACGAUCAGCACCUUCAACUUCAACUCCAACAACCACCUCAACCUCAAGAUCAACAACAACAACAAUCACCACAUCACACCCCUGAACAAUCACCUGUUCAAUCACCUAUCCCCCAACGACAAUUUCCAUCAUAUGAAGAUGAGCCUCUACCAUUUGAUUUCUUCGAAGCUCAACCAUCUUCAUCUGCACCCACACAACCUACUGCUCAACCACAAUACUCUCCACCAAGUCAAUCAACCUCACAACCACUGCCAUCAGAUUCAGCUAUCGAUCCUGAUCUUCAGGCAUUCAGAGAUGACUUACAGGCAGCUCAGCCUGCCAGCAAUGAACCUGACAACACACAGGUUCAUAACCCUGCUGAUGAUUCAUUUCAACCAACUGUCUCUUCUCCAAACACUUCAACCAACACUACUUCAAAACCUGUUAAGAAGGUUGCCAGAAAGAGGAGUUUGAGUAGUUUGAUGGAUCAACCCGCAGCUCUGUCUUCUCAAAAGAAACAAAGAGAACUGCUUGGCAAUGUGCAAGUAGAUUUGCCGUCACUGGCUUCCGGAGGACAAUUUGUUCCUCCACUACCUUUGAACCCAUUUCAGGGAACAUUGGUAGUAUACACUGGUACAGCUGGAGCUAUGAGUGAAUCGAGAGAUGAAAGGCAAACACCGAGCGAUACACAUGCACGUGAGGCUAGUGAAACAGCUUUGAGUGUACGUGAGAAAGUAGAGGAGGAGCCAUCCAGUUCGUACAGGGAUGAGCUCAAAGCUGAUAUCCAUUGUUUGACUGUCGAAAUGAGAUCAAACCAUGAGCUCUACAUGUCUAAAUUUGAUGAGAUCGACAGCAAAUUGGAUCAACUUCUCAGGAACUCCAAGUCUGAUGCUCCAACCUCCGGAGAGGAUCCCUCAACUAAGGGGGAGAAUAGAGACAAGGGAGGAGAAGACAAAGGAAACAACUCCAACCAGAGUAACAAAGGGAACACAAACACCAACACUUCUGAUUCUGCACCUGGCAGAGAAACUGAAAAGUCAAAAGGCAAACAACCCAUGCAUCAACAGGAAGACAAAUAUGAUGCCCUUCCUAAGGAAAUGGAUGAUGAUGAUGUGUUUGAUGCCACUCACUGCCAAAAUCAAGAAGAUGGUGCAUUUGAUGAAGCAUAUCUGUUCCAGACUGAGGAGGAGGCUGUAGACCUAGAACAUGAAGAGCUUGUGAGAAAGUUUAAGCUGGAGAAUGAAGCUAGAAAGAGAAAGCUCAGGGACUUUCAAAAGCUUAUAGAGGACAAGCUGAUAACUGAGGAGGAAAUCAAGAAGGAAAAGCAAAAGAUCUAUGAUGCUGCCUGUGUGCAGAAGAAUCUUGAUGUUAAGCAUAAAGUUGGUAAGAGUUGGGACAUUGCGCGCAGAAUUUUCAAUGGACCUCAGAGGGAACACUUCGAUGACAAGAAAUUCAUGUCUCUUAUCUAUGAUCUAAGGUAG